GCUCUCUAAAAAUCCUCCUCACUUUGCUCCCUCCAAAUCCGGCUUGCCUCACUAAUCUCGCACACGCACUACACACACUUUCCCUGCGUCGACACAAAAGCAGAUAAAGUAAAAGCCAAAAUUGAAAAAAAAAAAAAAAAAAUCCAUUUCUUCGUUCAAACCCUCAAAUCCAUGGGGAAAACAGAAAAAGGAAAUUGCGAGAAACCCCACAUUCCAUAAAUACCAAACUCUCGCAAUCAAUUUGCAGAGAAGAUAUUUUUUUGCCUUCGUUUCUGCUAUAAAACAAUCACUAUUGCCCCUUGAAGGCUUCCAACUGCCUUGCAUCUCUCAACGGUUACUUCUUAUCCUCUUUUAAUGCGCCUUAACGGCCACUACUCCCUCCUUCCAACGCUCCUGCUGAGUUGAUAUUAUUGCCGAGAGAGAGAGAGAGAGAGAGAAGGUGAAACGCCAUGGAUUUCAGCUCGUUCCUGACGUCGCUGGGGACGUCGUUUGUGGUUUUCCUGAUUUUGAUGUUCCUCUUCGCGUGGCUCUCCAGGCGACCCGGCAACCACGUCAUCUACUAUCCGAAUCGGAUCCUGAGAGGUCUGGACGCCUACGAGGGAAUCCGGCUCACCCGCAACCCGUUUACUUGGAUCAAGGAAGCUGUCUCCUCCACUGAGGCUGAUGUCAUCAGAGACUCCGGCGUUGAUGCUGCCGUCUAUUUUGUCUUCCUCUCCACCGCACUGGCAAUAUUGGUUUUGUCGGGAGUUAUCCUUCUGCCGGUGCUUCUCCCCGUUGCUUAUACUGCUGAGAACAAAAUAGACGCGAAUGAAACCACUAGCAAAGGAGCUUUCAAUGAACUUGACAAGCUAUCCAUGGCGCAUAUUGCGGAGAAAAGCCACCGGUUAUGGGCAUUUCUGGCAGCUACGUAUUGGGUUUCUUUCGUUACAUAUUACCUCUUGUGGCGAGCAUACAGGCAUGUUUCCAAUGUGAGAGCUGAAGCCCUUAUGUCACCUGAAGUGAAGAAUGAGCAGUUUGCUGUCCUUGUUCGAGACAUACCUGCUGUUAACGAGGGUCAAACCAUAAACGAACAGGUGGACUCGUAUUUUAAGGCAAUCUAUCCAGAUACAUAUUACAAGUCAAUGGUGAUCACAGACAAUAAAGUGGCCAACAAAAUUUAUAAAGAGUUGGAAGGCUACAGAAAGAAGCUUGCGCGUGCAGAAGCUGUAUAUGCCCAAUCUAAAGGGACUGCUAACCCUGAAGGAAUGAGACCGACUGCUAAAACUGGCUUUAUGGGGCUUAUGGGUAAAAAGGUGGAUGCAAUAGAGUACUAUGGGGAGAAGAUAAGAGAGUUGGUUCCAAAGUUAGAAGCCGAGCAAAAGAUCGCCCUGAAAGACAAACAGCAACCUGCAGCUGUGAUUUUUUUCAAUAACAGGGUAACUGCAGCAGCCGCUGCACAAUGUCUACAUGAUACAAUGGUGGAUAAAUGGACCGUCAUGGAUGCUCCUGAGGCCCGCCAGUUACUAUGGACCAAUCUUGCCAAGAAUUUCUACGCGAGACUGAUUCGGCAAUAUCUCGUAUAUUUCAUAGUGUUUCUUACCAUCUUCUUUUACAUGAUACCUAUCGGGUUGAUUUCAGCACUGACUACUUUAGAUAACUUGAAGAAGUUGCUCCCCUUCUUGAAACCGCUGCUGGAUCAGUCUACAAUCAGGACAGUCCUCGGGGCGUACUUGCCUCAGAUUGCACUUUUAGUAUUCUUGGCACUGUUGCCAAGUUUCUUGUUGUUCCUAUCCAAGGCCGAGGGCAUACCUUCACUGAGUCAUGCGGAAAGGGCUGCCUCCGGAAAGUACUUCUAUUUUUCAGUGCUGAACGUAUUUAUUGGUGUUACAGUAGGUCACACCCUUUUCGAUUCACUGAAGACAAUUGAGAAGGAUCCAAACACAGUAUUCGAUGUACUAGCAGCAAGUCUUCCUGGAAGUGCUACAUUCUUCUUGACUUUUGUUGCUUUGAAGUUUUUUGUCGGUUAUGGGCUCGAGUUAUCCCGACUUGUUCCUUUAAUAAUAUUUCAUUUAAAGAAGAAGUAUCUCUGCAAGACUGAAGAUGAAGUGAGAGAAGCUUGGGCUCCGGGAGAUCUUAAAUAUGGGACUAGAUUUCCUAAUGAUAUGCUUAUUCUAACCAUCGUUCUAUGCUAUUCUGUCAUAGCCCCGAUUAUUCUUCUAUUCGGGGUGUUGUACUUUGGUUUGGGAUGGCUUCUUCUACGGAAUCAGGUGCUCAAAGUUUACGUGCCUUCGUACGAGAGCUACGGCCGGAUGUGGCCCCACAUGUACAACCGCAUUAUGGCGGCACUGAUCUUGUAUCAAGCCACGAUGUUGGGCUACUUCGGCGUGAAGCAGUUCGUCUACACUGUUUUUCUGGCCCCGCUUCUUAUCUUGAGCCUCCUCUUCGUCUACAUCUGCACGAUGAAGUACUACCGCUUCUUCGAGUCGACAGCGCUCGACGUUUCCUGCCGGGAGCUGAAGGAGACUCCCAAUAUGGAAGGCGUGUUAAGGUCGUACAUCGCACGGAGCUUGAGCGCGGAGAAGGCCGCCGAUGAUGCUCAUUUUGUAGAAGAUUUGGCUCACGUUUCCAGACCAGGUUCUGCGGUUUGAUGUUUUAUCCAUUUUGUGAAUUAUUUAUGUAUGUUGCAUAUUUUAGGUUUGUAUUAUGCUCUUAGCCUUUUGUUCAUAGUUUCUUCCACUAGAUUUGUUGUUGAGUUGUGGUAUAUGUGCUACAAAAUUUGUUAUUUAGAAAUUUCAGUAAUUUCUCUGCCAGAACAUGGUGUGUAUUUGUGAUUUGUCUCUGUGGAAUUUAGAGAAAAAAAUGCUCUUCUUUCUCCUGAUUA